UUAGUAGGUAAAAAAUAAAUAAAUAAAUAACAAAAGAAGCACGGGUAGGCGAACGAGUACAAAACGUCUCUCGUCUCCAAACAUUACCUACUUCAUUCGCAAGCACAAGAUUCUUCAAAUUUCAUUGUUGUUUCCAUUCCAUUUCCACCCAUACCUGAUUCAGAUUUACAUAUGGCAACUGAAACAAAGGCUGUCACUGAGGAUGUCAAGAUCGAUCUCUUUGAAGACGAUGAUGAAUUUGAAGAGUUUGAAAUUAAUGAAGAGUGGGAUGAUAAGGAGGAAGGGAAAGAAGUAACUCAACAGUGGGAGGAUGAUUGGGAUGAUGACGAUGUUAGUGAUGAUUUCUCUCUUCAGUUGAGAAGGGAGUUGGAGAGCAGUACUGAUAAGAAUUAAAACACCUGCUGGCUUGUAUUGUUUGAUUUUUAACAUGUGUAAUGAGUCAAGACUUGGAUGUUUGAGACAUUGAGCUCUGGGUGCUUUCUUGCCUACAAAAGAAAUUAAACAAUGUCUUGUUAGGAGGGAAAUGUAAGAAUCGAACAUAUAGACAUAAUUUUAUGCGUUUUUUCUUAAAAAACUCUGCAUAGAAGUUUGUUGAGUGCUUGUGUUUAACUGUUAUGUUAUUCUAUCUAAUUAGUUGGUAUGUGGCUUUAAGUUUGACUCACAA